AUCGCUGGGAAAUGUGGGCGCUACCGGUUGAGAAGUCGGCGUUUCCUCUAAAAUGUCAUUUUUUAAGUUUGGGAGUGUAGGAGCUCAGUAUUUGAAAUUAAACCGUUUUGUACAUUUCACUGCGUUGCUACUUGCACCUAGAGUUCAGACGUGCAAUGAGAGAGACUAUUGCUCUGGAACUGCAAGUGACGAUGAAGUUACUAAGGCUCGUCUGGCUGAGGAGGCCAGAAAGAAAUACGGAAACCCGCCUCCAACUAUCUUUUCCAAAAUAAUAGACAAGACGAUGCCUGCAGACAUCAUUUAUGAAGAUGAGAAGUGCCUGGCUUUUCGAGAUAUUGGUGCCCAAGCUCCUGUGCAUUUUCUUGUCAUACCUCGGUCUCCCAUACCCAGAAUCAGUGAGGCAGCAGAUGAUGAUGAACAGCUUUUGGGGCACCUCCUAAUAGUCGCUAAAAACAUGGCAAAGAAAGAGGGUCUCAAGGAAGGUUACAGAGUGGUCAUCAACGAUGGGAAGCAGGGAGCUCAGUCGGUGUACCACCUGCAUAUCCAUGUGCUCGGAGGCCGCCAGAUGGAGUGGCCUCCUGGUUAAUGUGAAACGUUGAACAGGCAAAGAGCAAGAGAGAAGCAAUCGCUGCAGAAGAAUCACUGGGAUAUAACAGAGACUCAUUACAGUCAGUUUAUGUAAGUUCAGUAACAGAUCAUAAAAGUGCUGGUCCUUGUUUUCCAAAGCUUAUUUCUGACAUUAUUGCUACCCUAAUGGGAUGAUAAACAAUUGUACAUGUACACCAAUAAACAAAAAGUCAGCAAUCUAAAA